AUGUUUUUAUUGCUUCUAAUUCAGCAUUCUCUUGAAGUCUGUAAUGAAAGUGCAUUGCAGCCAGGAGAAGUUUGCUGUGGAGAAGAUGCUUGUAAUGGUACAUGCAAAUCAAACUUUCAUAAUGGAGAAGAAAUAUUUUAUUGUUUAAAUGAUGCCGAAGUUGUAGCAUGUGUCAAACCAUUAAAACUUUUUACGGUAAUUGGACUUAGUCUUUGCCCUACUCUUUUGAUGUUAAUUUUAAGUUUAAUUACAGGUACCAAAAUUGCCGCUUGUACAUGGAUUUCAUGUUUUGUUAUUAACUUUUCUGCAUCUUCCUUCUUCUAUGGAAUCUAUUGUAUGCAUAUUUACCUUGGAGGAGUUCAUCUCGUCCUUUUCACCAUCAGUUCAUCCGCUUACAUAUGCGGAUAUAUAUUUUCACGCUGCAGCAUCUGUGUUCUUGGUCCAGAAUGCUGCGAAUGGAAUGAUCCAUAUAAUCCACAAAAUCUUGCAUUCAGAAAAGCCCAUAAACAACGAUACCAUUUGUAUUGUGGAUGCUGUUGUGAUAGUAAACCCAUUGAUCCACUAGAUCCUAAGUCCGGAGACAUCUGUAGCUGUGUAAGUAAAUCUACACUUGCAAAUCAAUGUGACACAGUCAAAUUCUUACGAGAAAUACGUGCUCCUGUUGUUAGCAAAGAGGAUUUGAGGACAAUCAAUGAAGAAAAUGCAUCAAUUCCGCCAAAUCCAGUUGCAUUUGCUUUCAACGUCACUGAUCUUGAUAACAACAGCCAAUUAAUGCCUGUUAAGAAAUCAAUGGAACCUAUUUAUUACGGAUCAUGGCAGGAAGAAGGAGCAAAACAAGAUGUUUCUGGAAGAAAAAUUAUUUACAGAUGUAAUGCGGAAUAUGUAUACGAAGACAAUAUGAGAAGUGAACUAAUAAGAGCUUCUCGUGUUGCUCUGGCAGAAGUACGUGGAGAUUUGCCAGAAAAAUUUGUUUUUCAUACAUAUCGAACAAAUGGUAUGACAACAGCCGCUUUAUCUGGUAGCGAGUGUAUGUUCAAGUUCUGUAAGUCAUGUAUUGUUCGAUUUUUCUACGAAAUAUUCUACUUAUUUGGUUAUCAGCCAAUUAUUGAAUUUUUCUUCUAUUGCGGAGCGAAGCAAGUGCACUUCCAGUCGAGAAAGAGGAUUAGUCAUGAAGAAAAUCUUCGUGCAAGGGCUUCUGAAAGAGAUCAACGCAUAAAUUAUACAGAAGACUCUCAGGAACAGGCAAAAUAUGUAUCCGAGAAUUCAUUAUUGUAA